AUGGAGGUGAAUCCGACUCAGGAGUCAACUCAGCCAUACUCCGAUCCUCGUCGUAUGGGCUCGCACAAUUCAGGCUUACAAGAUCAAGACGUUUCUGAUAUUAUUUGCAUUCUGCAUCCGGGUUCUCAUCCAGCUCAUGAGGCCGUUGAUGCCACAUCUCGACAUCCCAAGGGUUAUCAGCAUAUCCUCCAGCGAGAUGAGUUCCAAUAUGACUCGAUGGAUUCAUCGUCCCGCGAUAUUGCUAUCCGCAUGUCAUCCUCCGUUCAUGAUUUGUCGAUGGGGUUCGUAUUUGGGCGGAAUCCAGCGCGAUGUGACGUGCUUCUUAGCCCCGAAGUAGCAUCUAAACACAUUUCGAAUAUUCAUUUUCGUAUAUUCAUGAACGAGGAUGGUAUUCUGAUGCUGCAAGACUUGUCCACAAAUGGUACCGUGGUAGACGAUACACGCCUGUGGAAGCGCAACGGACAAACUACCCGUAUGCUCGUGAAUGGCUCUGUCAUUAUUGUCGCCUCAGACAAUAAACAGAACAGGGAAGUGCGUUUCGUCGUGCGGAUCCCUUCUCGGGAUGGGUUUCAUGUACAAUACACCCAGAACCUCAUGGCAUAUCUGGAACGGGUUUCCAAACAUAAUGCAAAGUUCAAGAACUUACAAGCUCGGGCACCUCCGCCACAAUCUGCUCUUCAGUGGACUUUGGGAAAUCCUUACGGGAUGCAUUGGACUGGUGGAUCGAUUUAUAACGUCACCGGGCAAAUUGGAAAGGGCGCUUUCGCUACAGUAUACAAAUUGGCAACAAAACAAGAUGGCAUCGUCUACGCAGCCAAAGAACUUGACAAACGCCGCUUCAUGAAGAAUGGGAUUCUCGAUCAGAAAGUCGAUAAUGAGAUGAAAAUUAUGAAAGAUCUUCGCCACCCGAAUAUUGUACAAUAUAUUGAUCAUCAUGAGCAUGAUCGUUGGAUCUACAUUAUCAUGGAAUACAUUGCCGGAGGCGAAUUAUCUUCGUAUUUGGCAAGCAAUGGAAAGAUCGCUGAAGACAUGGUCAAGAGUAUCGCCCGACAGCUAUUACAUGCUCUACACUAUCUACACAAGCGCAAGAUCACUCAUCGAGAUAUCAAGCCGGAUAAUAUUCUCAUAUCCUCCAUUGAUCCUCUCAGGGUGAAACUGUCUGACUUUGGUCUUUCCAAGGUGGUGCAAGAGGAGACUUUCAUGAAAACCUUUUGUGGCACUUUGCUCUAUUGCGCCCCAGAAGUUUACCCUGAAUAUGACAGUUAUAGGCAGGGCAUGGCUAGGAAGCGCCGACGUAUUGGUGACCCACCACCACGAACUUCCCCGUAUGACCAGUCUGUUGAUAUGUGGUCGCUCGGAGCAGUACUUUUUCAUCUUCUGUGCGGGUCACCACCGUUCACUGGCCGAGGAGAUGACAGGGGAGCCCAAAUGCUUCGUACAAUCAUGACGACAGAGGCAGACUAUGAUCUUCUUCGCGAAGAAGGAGUCUCCGAGCAAGCAAUAGACUUUGUGUCAAGACUCUUACGUACAGAUCCGCAUGAUCGUCCGAACGAAAGGGAUCUCUUCAAACAUCAAUGGAUUGUGAACGUUCAAGACAUUGAUGAAUACUCCGAUACUGAAGAUUUUCUAUUAGAUGAUGAACAGCUCGCUAUGAUCACAGAAGCCGCAGAGGAAGAGUUAGAUGCCUCCCAGUUGUCAAUAAAUGACGAUUUUGGCGAUGAUGGACUUAGAGUAGGUGGCGAGUUUGAAGAGACGCAGAUGAAACGUCCGCGUCUUGAUGAAGAAAAAUCCAUACACUAUCCUUCGCUUCCCCACAUCGACAGUUUCCCAGCACCUCCCAACUUGCAAGUUGCAACGCCGAAUCGCCUUUUCGGCGAAGUUACAUCGUCCGCUCUACGCAGCUCGGGCAUCUUUCGCGGUCUGAGUUCUCGUGGUGUCGAUGUGACGAGCGAUAAAUCUUCCGGUGAGUCGAUGGAGGUGGAUGCUGAUGAUCUGUCCGUUGGAGUGUAUUCAUUUCCCGUACCCAAUUUUACUGGCUCAGCCGUCAGUCUUUUAGGAGCUGGUAGCCUGGUGGGACAGCUCAGGAUGCCGCCUUCUGGCGAUGGUUCUCCAAAAGAACUUGCAGCUGCAGAUGACAAGCAGGGCACACCCCAAAGCCGUUCCGUACGAGAGGUGACGCCUGCUAAUCAGGAACUGCCAGACCCAGCACAGGAUGAACACACCGCAAACGAAGCUACCCCCAAGGCCCUACCUUUCCAUCGUCGUAUUGAGCUCCCACUUCCCGACACCGCCAGCGAAAGUUCGAUUCAGCGAAGUGAAUCUCCCAAGCAUAUCUUCAACGAUAGUGCUAGUGAUAACAAAUAUGACGAGCUAGCCGUGACAAUUGACGCCCGUACAGGUCGAGAAAUAGUUGACGAAUUGCCCCAUACUACGGAUAAUGACUACUCGGACCGCCCGCAACUGGAUACCGAAACAAUACCCAGUGAAAUUCCUCAGAGCUUUACACUAUCCAACUUUCUCAAACCCCGACGUUUGCUUGGUAAACUGGUGACUGUUCCUGGAUCCAUCUUUGAACUCUCUAUACGAUUGGAAGGCCGUAUGACCUCAUGGGGACGUGGUCCUUUGGCGACCAUUGUUUUCCCGGACCGCAUGGAUACUCGAAUUCCAGCAUAUGCGGUAGAAGUGACUUUUUGGUGUCCCGGCAUAGAAGCACGAAUCGCCCGAGGAGAGGAUUGGAUGGAUAUCCCAGAUGUAAUGACAAUCCUAUCGACGAAAACACGCAAAUGCAUCUGGGUGAAUGGCGUUGAACUCCGUCGCGGUCCUCAGAUGGAUAACGGCACUGAAGCGUACCAUUUCGGUAAAAUCUACCACGGUGAUAUCAUCACAAUCUGGCAGGGCAACAACAAGUAUCUUCGUUUUCGAUGUGAACUGUAUCAUGGGGACAGUGCUCGACCUCGUCCUGAGAGCGAGAAGGGAUUUAUCGUGCGACAGGUCCUCCAUCCAAAGAGCGAUUCAAAUCGGAAUCGCCUAGCAAAUAGACUUCACGAUGAUAAGUUAUAUGCAUAAAUCUUCUGCUCAACAUGAUGCAAUUCGAUGCAAUCAUUUUCUGGUGAGCACAAUUUGGAUUUGCAUGGAGCAUUGCAUAUUAUUGAAUAAAACAUGCAUUGAAUCCCAUUGUUCUUUUUUGCAGAUACUUUUUUUUUGCCGCGAUUGGUAUUGUACGGUUUACUUGCGCAUUGGCAUUCAUUGCAGCUCUGGGUUUGACUUGAUUAGAUAUGCUUCCCAAACUCUACUUUUCAUCUCGACUCAAAUUUGUGUACAAUUCUUUUCCUUUUGAAUAUUUGGGCAUGUUCAGAAUCGUUGCCGGAGGGAUUGAUUUUUCAUUUCGGGUGACUCAUUGUAGUCUAUGUACUCAUAAGUAUUUCCCCUACACCAAAUAGUAUUCCACAUUCAGAUU